GGUGAACCGGAAGGGCUGACGAGAGCUAAAAGCGAGCUUCACUGAGGAAAUAAAUAUUAAUAUGGAAAACAACUUCAAUACUGAGUCAUCAUCUACCUUUACUCUUCAAAGUUCUUCAGAGACAUUGUUUUCUAUUCAGCUAUUAGAUUUCAAAACAAGUUUACUGGAAGCAUUAGAAGAAUUGCGUAUGAGAAGGGAAGCAGAAAUUCAUUAUGAAGAGCAGAUUGGUAAAAUUAUUGUGGAGACACAGGAACUUAAAUGGCAAAAGGAAACUCUUCAGAAUCAAAAGGAAACAUUGGCAGAGCAACACAAGAAAGCAAUGGCAGUUUUUAAAAAGCAGUUGCAAAUGAAGAUGUAUGCCCUGGAAGAAGAAAAGGGAAAAUAUCAGCUUGCUACAGAAAUAAAGGAAAAAGAAAUAGAAGGAUUGAAGGAAACAUUAAAAGCACUACAGGUUUCUAAAUACUCUUUACAGAAGAAAGUGAGUGAAAUGGAACAGAAGGUCCAGUUACAUCUUCUAGCUAAAGAAGACUAUCAUAAGCAACUGAGUGAAAUUGAGAAGUACUAUGCCACAAUAACAGGUCAAUUUGGAUUGGUAAAAGAGAAUCAUGAAAAGUUAGAACAAAAUGUACGGGAAGCAAUACAAUCAAACAAAAGACUUUCAGCUUUAAAUAAAAAACAAGAAGAUGAAAUAUGCAGUUUAAAGAAGGAACUAAAAAAAGCAGCCUCAGACUUGAUAAAGUCCAAAGUCACAUGUCAAUAUAAGAUGGGAGAAGAAAACAUCAAUCUAACAAUUAAAGAACAAAAAUUUCAAGAACUUCAAGAAAGACUCAACAUGGAAUUGGAAUUAAACAAGAAGAUUAAUGAAGAGAUUACACGUAUUCAAGAAGAAAAACAGGAUAUCAUCAUUACUUUCCAACAUAUGCAGCAGUUACUUCAGCAACAAAUUCAAGCUAAUACUGAAAUGGAGGCAGAAUUGAAGAUGCUAAAAGAAAACAAUCAGACCCUUGAAAGAGAUAAUGAGCUGCAAAGGGAGAAGGUAAAAGAAAAUGAAGAAAAGUUUCUUAAUCUUCAAAACGAGCAUGAAAAAGCACUAGGAACUUGGAAAAGACAUGCUGAAGAACUUAAUGGAGAAAUUAAUAAGAUUAAAAAUGAAUUAUCAUCCCUUAAAGAAACUCAUAUUAAGUUACAAGAACAUUAUAACAAAUUAUGCAAUCAAAAAACUUUUGAGGAAGACAAAAAGUUUCAGAAUGCUCCAGAAGUGAAUAAUGAAAACAGUGAAAUGUCAACUGAAAAAUCAGAAAACACCAUUAUACAGAAAUAUAAUACUAAGCAAGAAAUAAGGGAAGAAAAUAUGGAGAAUUUUUGUUCAGAUACUGAAUACAGAGAAAAAGAAAAGAAAGAAGGCUCAUUUAUAGAGGAAAUCAUUAUAGAAGAUUUACAGCUUUUUGAAAAAAGCUUCAAGAAUGAAAUUGAUACUGUUGUUUCUCAGGAUGAAAAUCAAAGUGAAAUCUCCUUAAGCAAAACCCUCUCCUUAGAUAAAGAAGUAAUUAGUCAAGUACAAACCUCGAAUGUUACGGACAAUAAAAAAUCAGUUACUACAGAAGUAAAAGACAAGAUAUGCUUGGAAAAAGACAAUGGAUGUACAGAAUUUAAAUCACCAAAUAAUCCUUUUGUUGUGUUAGAUACAGUGACAGAAACAGAAAAAAUACACCUAGAAAGAACCGGAGGAUUAGAUGUUCACCAUACAGAUGUACAACCAGAGGUUGAAAAUAACAAAACACCAUUUAACAGUAUUUUAAAUGAGACAGCACACAAUACAUAUAAUAAUAAUAAUAAUAAAGAUGUUUCUGAAAAUGAGCCAUUCAAACAAUUCAGAUCGCGUCCAGGGACUCGAGAACAUGCUCUAGAGAAGGAAAUUACAAAUAGUGACCAAACCAAAGCAGAUUUGGAUUUAUCUCUAGAUAUAAAAAAAAAUCUUGUUCCAUGUCAGAAAUAUAGUUUACAGAAUUCAAGUAAUGUUAUGUUAGAUGAUAAACAAUGUAAAAUAAAACAAAUACAACUGUCAACUAAAAAAAGUGAGUGCAGCAUAUUACUUUCUAAACAAACUUCAGAUUUUCUGCAAGUCUGUAAUGAUACUUCAGAGAAACCUGAACUAACUGUUACCUGUGAUACAGUAAUCAACCACCACGUUUCAUCUGCUGCUUUUAGUGAUAAUUCAAAAGUACUUCUUAAGAACUCAGAUAAAAAUGUUAAUAGUAUGCCUGUGUUGGUGAAACCCAACUCAAGCCCUGGGAGAAAAACUAUGUGGAAAAAUAUGAGUGAUAUGCAAAACAGUCCAUUUAAUAACUGUUUGGGAUACUUAGAAAACAAUAAUGUGAACAUUUCCCAUCUUCAUCUUAACAAUGAGAAUAGUCAUUCUUUACAAGCCAAAGAUGUGAAAACUGCUGUUCACAUGAAAACUUGCACAGAAAUACAGUUUUCCAAUAAAAAGAAUCAGAUUGAUGAGAAUCAGGUAACUGAAGCCACAAAAAAUGACCUCUUCCUUGUUGUGAGCAUUAAUGAAAGACAGCAUAUAUUGUUAAAUAAUACAGAGAAAACAGAGUCAUUAAAUGACAUCGUUUCAGGAAAAAUGUUCAGUAAAGGACAGCUGGAGGAAUCACAUUCAUUUCACAUAGAGCCAUCUGGAGAUUUAGUAAACAGAAGCGGAAGGUCAACCUUUGAUCUUUCAACUUCAGAUAAAAAAACUGAGAAAACUCCAGUAUACAUGAAUUUUUCAGACCCCGGUCCUUGGUCAAAAGUAAAUCACAUUGAAAGUCAAACAGCGAGCAGUUCAACCCCUAGCAUUUCUUUGUUGCUGAAGGAGAGACCACUAGAUCCAUCAGAAAACAAAAAGACCAUUCCAGUGGCUCUUUGCAAAAAUAUUGGUGUGGAUGAUGUUGGAAAGAAUAUUGGACCAGAUACUACCAGCAUUAACAGAGUUGCUGACACUUUGAAUAACUGGAGUAUCCAUCCAGAUCCCACGGGAGAACCCAGUGAAGAGAAGAAUGCAAGUGCAAAGACUUUUUAUGAUUCUUCUUUUCCCACAGAACAUGUGAAUACAAAACCUCUGAUAACAACUGCGCUACAAAGCCAUUUACAGGCAAUCAAGACUAAAAAUACUUCUGGUGAUGAUGACCGGGAGAGCCUCAUUACAAAUCAACUAAGUGAAACUGAAAAGUUACUAACUUUAGAAAAUGACAACCAACCAAAAAAAAGAAAAGCAGAAGAGAUGUUGGGAAAAAAAAAAAAACCGGAUUAAAAUAAUAUAGAUAAGUGCUUUCUGCAGUGAAAUUAUAUAACUGAAAUGUUGGUAUAGUUUUUACUAGAAUAAAAUGUAACUCUAUAGUUGUCUUCACUUUUCCAAGUUUUUCUAAUGUGAAGAAAUUGUAUUAUUCUACUUCUGUCUUCCCUCUGUAUAUUAUCCUUCUUUAAGUGCUCAUUGCUUCUUCAAUAUCUUUUUUUACAGAACAGAAUUUAUGUAUUGUAUGACGGACAUUGUGACACUUUGUAAUUUAUUACUUCAUAUCCUCUGGAGUUUGUGAUUUUAGUAUAAAUUUGAGACAGUAACUGUCCAGACUAGGCAAAUUUAGUUUAUAAUGUUUUACUAUGAUUUAGGGAUUUUUUUUCAUAGAACAAAAAUUAUAAGCAUAAAAACUCAGGUAUCAGAAAGACUCAAAAGGCUGUUUUUCACUUUGUUCAGAUUUUGUUUCCAGGCAUUAAGUGUAUCAUACAGUUGUUGCCACUGCUGUUUUCCAAAUGUCCGAUGUGUGCUAUGACUAAAAAUUGAAAAAUUAAAUGCAGUGUUAGUCAAUCUAUUAUCCUCUGGGUUUUUUUUUUUUAUAAUACUACAGAUUUGAAUCCAGUUAAAAGCAAUAUUAAAUAUACACAACAGACAUAAUUUAGAAUUGUAGAAGAAUUUAAGAAUUACAUAAUUAUUUUUAAAAAAUCUUUACUGUAUUGAUCCUAAGCCUUCUAAUUCUCCUGAACA